CAUGAUGCGGAGAGCACGACUUGGACCCCAAACUGGCGGCAGCAGCGCCGAUCUCGUCUUGCUUCCCAUACGCACACUCACUCGCUUACUCGCGACUCUCCAAUCGAGCCAGUCGAAUGCCACAUCCCGUAUUCAAACGGAUCUGCAAUGCUUCCUGAAAGUCAACCGGCUGGCAGGGCACGCUUGAGCUGCGCACCCUGUCGCAAACGCAAAUCCAAGUGCGAUGAGGGCUCGCCUUGCUCGUCCUGCGUCACGCACGCCACGACCGACGCGUGCCAACCGCCCACAGCGUCUACAAGUCGAGCUGGAGCCAAGCAAUCCCGUUUGCCGCACGCGUUGGCAGCGACGUUGCAGCAAACAGGCACCAGCAACAAGCGAGCGCGAAGGGAUUCUGGCUCGCGCGCAGCUGGAGUGCAGAGCUCGGAAGCAGUGGGUCACGAAGAUGUGAUCGAGCAAAUGGACAAGCUUCGAGAGGAAAUGGACAGGCUCAGGAAUAGGCUGGUGGAGAGACAACGUCAGAGCGAGCAGCAGCAGCAGCAGCAGCAGCAACGAGCAUCUCCAGUGGACGACAUGGUCCAAGGCCACCUGCCUGCUAGACAACAUCCCAACCCUCUGCCACCGCGAGACGCUAAGCUGCAAGCUCUCGUGCGAACCAUUUUUCCAUCGCAGAGCGAUUGCGAGGUGCUCCUAGAGUACGUCAUGCAAGAGCCCGAGUGGCUGGUGAAUUGCGUGACGUGGCAGUGGAUUUUGCCCAUUUGGUCCAGAUUAGUGUAUGGCUGCCGAGUGAGACAGGUAGAGGUUGCCAUCCUAGCUGGACUCCUCACCGUCAGCUGCGUGCUCCUAGACGAGACGCCGCACGUCUACUACGAGCUCAGUGCGCCUCCGGUCGUCUUGCAAAAGCCGUUGCUCGACUUUUUGUGCGAAUUUGUCAAGAGCCACGAGCAGCCGCUUGGCGCUCUUUCGAAAAAGGUCAUUCGCGCUUCCAUGCAGCGCUCGGGCUUCAUGGACGAAUCCUCGCUCGCCUGGUCCAGGUUUGAUGAUCUCGAGCGACAGACUGCUCGACGAGUAGCUUGGCACAUUUUGAUCUGCGAGAGGUGGGCAAGCAUCUACGUGCCUGUGCCGUCGCCGAUCGAGCUGCGCAAGGAACACGUCAAAGUUCAACAUCCACGCUGGAAGACUGGCCAUCUGACGCGCCCCUUCCGCGCCCACCGGGAUGCAGCCCUGUCGCAGGAAGAGCCGAUCGUGUUGCGAGCACCUGCGCGCAACGUGCCUCGCGUGUUCAGGCUCAAGGCGGACGAUGAAGACGACGAUGUGGCAAAAUUUGGCGAAUUGAUGAUAUCCGUUUCCGCCAUCACACCCGACAUUGGCAGCUACCUCUCAGCCGUCACUGCGUGGCGAGCAUCGGUCAGCAACGACAGCUCUCCGUCGGACUCGGCUUCGACUUCCGCAUCCGCUGCUCGCCGCGGGUCCGAACACAAACGCGAGUCGCUGCUUCACCAGGGCUUGGCGCUGUAUGAAGAGGUUUCUACGUGGAAGGACGAGCUGCCGCAAUUCAUGCAGCAGCUCUACACACUGGAUGGCAACGACUUUCACGCUUGCCGAAGGGCGAGUCAAGCAGCCAUCGCGUUUACCGGCGCCAGAUCGCUCAUCACUGGCAUUCUGAGCCCCUGGGUCACAGAACACGUGUACGAAGAAGGCGCUUCCCCCAUACACCUCAAGAUGCAGGGCCUGGCUGUAGCGAAUGCCGAAGCGGUGGUCCGCAGCAUCGAAGUGACGCGCACUUUGCUGUCCUGCAAGCGCGCAGUAUACUUUGGAUCCUGGGCUGCGUAUUCCUUCUUCAAUGCCGCUACCACGCUAGCGAUUCCUUUGCUGGGCGCCACCCGGUUGGGUCAGGAGGCAAAAGGUACAUCUGGUCGCCUGGCCAAGAUUUUUGUCGGUUUCAACCAGACCAACUCCAAUCCACAAGCCUCGUUGGCAAAGUUCAUCAAUGGCGUCCAGAACACAAGCAUCGGUCGCCGAGCACUUGCGACAACUCGCGCCAGACAUUUUGCGCUUGUUGCAUCUGCUUCCAGAUCUACGCGGUAGCCCUCUGGGUCAGGAGACAUCGCAGCGCAUUUCCACCCUGAUCGAUACGUUCAAAA